GCCAGCCAACCUGCCUGCAGCCAGAUGGUUUACCACGAAGGGGUGCCACCUAAGAACCCAGGCGGUUUGGCCUGAGCUAGGCCUUUGCCAAGCUGCUAUGAAAAGGAAGGCUGAAUGCUAAUGCAGCCAGCAGCAACCGGUUGUGUUCUCAGGUCACCCCUUCGCGGUACUUCUAUCUUCGCUUUUGUUUCUCACUGAAUCACCAUGCUUAUGGCUACAUUUUCGCAAUAGAAGUACUUGUGUCCGAGUCCAUUACCCCCUCUUCAAAACGUUAAUCUGCCGAGUGCGGUGAGUCACAGUCGGUGAGAGGCGCACCACCGCUCACCGAAUCUAAAAUCCCCAAAACCCUCGAAGCAAACCCCUAAAUCCGCAAUUCGUCCGUACAAUCCUCACCAUAGAUAUGGAAAUCGAUCCUCCAAAGAAACAAGAAGAUCCCCAAAUCAAAGAUAAAGACCUCUUCAAAGCGGCGGAGACCGGCGAUUCUUCCACAUUCAAAUCCCUUUCGCAAGACCAGCUCUCCAACUCUCUUAAACUCCGAAAUGAAGACGGUCGGUCUCUCCUUCACGUCGCUGCCUCCUCCGCCCACCCCGAGGUGAUGAAAAUACUCUCAGCUGCUGCUGAUGAAUCAGUUCUGAAUAGUUCCGAUGAGGAAGGCUGGGCCCCGAUUCACUCCGCCGCGAGCAUUGGUAAUUUGGAAAUUAUGGAAAUUCUGUUGAGCAAAGGAGCGAAUGUUAAUUUGAAAAAUGACGGUGGCCGCACGGCUCUCCACUAUGCUGCUAGCAAGGGACGGUUGAAGAUUGCUGAGCUUCUGAUCUCGCACGGUGCAAAGAUUAAUUCGAAGGACAAGGUAGGAUGCACCCCAUUGCACAGGGCAGCUAGCACCGGAAACUCAGCGUUAUGUGAAUUCCUAAUUGAGGAAGGAGCAGAAGUUGAUGCUGAAGACAGAGCUGGCCAAACUCCUCUUCUGAAUGCGGUCAUUUGUCAGAACAAGGAGGUAGCCCUCCUUCUUAUAAGACAUGGAGCAGAUGUGGACAUAGAGGACAAGGAAGGAUACACUGUGUUUGGCCGAGCUUCAGAUGAUUUUAGACCGAAAUUGGUUGAUGCUGCCAAGGCUAUGCUUGAAGGAUGAAUGACUCUUGGCAGGUGGCUGGAGUGUGAUGUGCUCAUUAAAAGUAAAUUUCUGGACAAAUUGCACAAAUAACGGACAAAAAGAAAGCACUCUCGAACUUUAUUUUGUUUUUAUCAAUCCAUCUUGUGAAGAAUCUAUUGGAGCAUUGAAACAGGAGUUUGCUUUAGAUUUAUUAGGUGAAGGAUCAAUGUGCUGCAUAUUUUCAACUAGAUUUCUGUCCCUCCCCAACCUGCCCUUCUUUCACAGUGCGCUGCUGCUGGUUUUGACCAUGGAGCAGUCUCUCUCUCUCUCUCUCUUGCUUUCUUCUCUAUAGCCUCAAAUCUGUCAGUAAGUAGUACGUUCCUUUCCGUUUGGUUUGAAGGAAAAGAAAACAGAGAAAGUACAGAGGGAACCAUUGCCAAGGUGGUGAUAAGCUCUAGACAUGCAGGAGAUGGUGGGGAGAACAAGGGUGUAAGUGACGUCUGACCCAUUUAUACUUAACCCAAAUUGAGUUUUUUGUCGACCUAUCUAGGACAUAGCUUUAUAUUUGGAUUUCUUCACAACUAGGUGGAGAGGAAAGAGAGUGCUGGCUUUCAUGAGCUUAAGUCAGCUAUGCUUAUUACCAGUUUUGUAAGAAUUUUUGUAAUAGUUUUUCUGUAUGCUUGAAAGUUAAAACUGUCUCCUUUCGGUACUAGCAGAUCCUUAACACGUUCCAACUAUCUAAGGCUGUGUAAGCUGUAAGGUAAACGUAAAUAUAAUAAUCUCCAUUUUCCCUGUGA